AUGUUAAAUUGUAUAGAAUUUGGUUUAAAUUAUAAAUACAUAUAUAUAUAAAAUGAAGAAUAUUUAAAAGUUUAGUAUGAAUCUUAAAAAUUUUCUUGUAUAAAUGAAAUUAUAUCAUAUUUACGUGAAUUAAAAUUAGUUUCAUAAGGAAUUCGUAUUCCUUAAUAUAGUUUAAAAUAAUAAAUUGAAAAAAAUAUAGAUAGUGAUUCAAAAACACUAAAGGAAAUGAUUUAAAAUAGUAUAAAUUAAUUAAAAAUUUUAAAUGAAAAAUUAAUAAAUUUAUCUUCUCCUUCUGAAAAAGUAAUCAAUAUAAAAUACAAUGAAGAAGAUACUAAUUUUUAUAAUCUAAAUAUUAAUUCGGUUACAGAGUAAAUUAUAUCAAGAGCUCAUUCUUUAAUCUAAUAGGAAAUUUAAUUUAUAUAAAAUUCAUAAAAUGAUUACUAUUUUAUUAGUUUUAAUGGAUUAAAUGAUUAUUCAGUAGUCUUAUUGGAUAUUAUUUAGGAAAAAAAUACUAAUUUAAAUACUAAUUUAGAUUUUAUGUUAUAUUUUUAGAUAAAUAUUAUUAUAAUUGCAUUUGUUUUAAUGAUUUUUUUCUCUAUAAUUUUAUCAUUUUUAAUAGGAUAAACUAUACAGACAAAAUAAACAAUAUUAAGAAUAUUUUUGGAAAUUGAAGAUAAAACUGCAUAAUAUUUAUAUAAUAAUUGUUAAAAUUUUAUUGCUUAAGUUAAUUAAGAAGAUGAUGAUGAUGCUAAUAGUGACUCUUAUCUUUUUAUAGAUGAAAAAUAGGAUUUUAAUUAGUAAUAAGAAAGUAUUUUUGGAAAAAAAAAAAAAAAAUUUAAAAAUACUCGAUAUGAAGUUUUUGGUUUAUUUAUAAAAAUACUUUUUUUUUCUAUUUUUAUUGAAAUUUAUUUUAUCAUUAAUUACUUUUGUGAAAAAUAAUAAUUAAAUAUUAUACAAAAUUUACAUAACGAAUUUAAUAUAACUCAUCUAACUGAUGGAUAUUAUUCUUUAAUUUUUAAUGGAUAAAAUUAAAAUAUUAUUAAAAAAUAAUAAACAUUCUUAAAUAAAAAUUUUUCUUUGUAUAUGAGUGAAUUAAUAGAAAUUGUAUUUAAUUUAAAUACAGAUAUACAUUUACAACAUGCUUAAAAUAAUAAUUAUUUUGAUGAUUACGUAGGGUAUUUAGAUUCUUUUAAUAAUAUUAUGUUUAAAGACAUAUGUAUUUUUAUUUCAGAAAAUUAAGGUGUUAAUUUUAAUGAUUGUAAUACUUUUGCUAAUGAAAUUGUAAAAUAAGUAAUUAGAUAUAAAUUAUAUGUUCAAUUUUAAAUGAAAAAUUAUUAAAUAUAUACAAAUAAUUAAAAUACAAUAUAUAUGAAUAAUAUAGCUAAUCUUUUAAGAAUUCCAGAAUUUUAUGAAUUAUUUAGUUUAUAAACUUUAUAUAUUAAAAGUUCAUAUAGAUAUUUACAAGAUAUACUAUUAAAAUAAAUGGAAUUUAAAAUUUAAAACUUUAUAGUAUAAAGAAUAUUAUUUCUAAUUAUUUUUAUUAUAGUAAUAUUAGUUUCUUUAUUAUUAUUUUGGAUUCCUUUUUUAUAAAAUAUAAAUAAAUAAAUAUGGUCAACAAAGUGUUUACUUUCUUUUAUACCUGUUAACGAAAUUAAUAAAGUAUAUAAUAUAUAAUAUUUUAUAUAAAAUGUAAUAUUAAAAAGAAAAGUAUGA